CAUGACAUAAACCUGUUCAUCAUCAGAUAUUAAUAAGAAAGAGAGAGAAAGAGAAUCUUCAAUGGGAAUCGCAGGUGAUGUUGACGGAAGAAUCGCCGGAGAUUCAGAGUCGGCUCGUCUUCUUCUCACAUCGACCGACUCCAACUUGGAUUGCAAUUCCAAGAUCCCAAACGACUCCUUCCACUUGGCCUACAUAGUUUACUUCACCCUUGGCGCUGGUUACCUCCUACCUUGGAACGCCUUCAUCACCGCCGUUGAUUACUUUUCUUACCUAUAUCCCGAUGCUCCCGUCGAUCGGAUCUUCGCCGUUGCAUACAUGGUUUUAGGUCUAAUUUGCCUCCUCAUCCUUGUUGCAUUUUCUCAUAAAUCCGAUUCAUUUGUUCGAGUCAAUGUUGGUCUUGCAUUGUUCGUUGUUUCACUCCUCAUUGUUCCGGUUAUGGACCUUGUUUACAUCAAGGGAAGAGUUGGUUUGUACGAUGGAUUCUAUGUUUCUGUAGCGGCAAUUGCCCUCUCCGGGAUUGCAGAUGCCCUCGUGCAAAGCGGAGUCAUCGGCGCCGCCGGUGAACUUCCAGCUAGAUAUAUGCAAGCUACUGUUGCCGGAACUGCAGCUUCAGGUGUACUUGUUGCAUUCCUGCGGGUCUUCACGAAAGCUGUAUACCCACAAAAUCCUGAAGGUCUAAGACAAAGUGCAAAUCUCUAUUUCCUCGUGAGCAUAGUUGUGAUGGUGAUUUGCAUAAUCUUUUACAACCUGGCACAUAGAUUGCCUAUCAUCAAGUAUUACAAUGACUUGAAGAAACAAGCUUUAUUGGAGGAGAAAGCUAAAAUGAGUUCCACUGUAUGGAGAUCAACUUUGUGGGAUAUUGUGGGUACAGUCAAAUGGUAUGGAUCUGCAACUUCCAUCCUUUACAUAGUCACAUUGGCUAUAUAUCCCGGUUACAUUACAGAGGAUGUUCAUUCUGAAGCUCUCAAGGAUUGGUAUCCUCUGAUUCUCAUCACCUGCUUUAAUGUGUUUGAUCUUGUUGGUAAAUCCCUUACUUCUCUAUACAUGCUGGAGAAUCAAAAAGUUGCUAUUGCUGCAUCUUUUGCUAGACUCAUCUUCUUCCCACUUUUCUUGGCUUCUUUGCAUGGUCCUAAACUAUUUCGGACUGAAAUUCCUGUCACUUUGCUCACUUGUUUGUUGGGUCUUACAAAUGGUUACUUGACAAGUGUUUUGCUCAUCUUAGCUCCAAAGACCGUUCAACUACAACACUCCGAGACUGCUGGGGUAGUUAUGGUUUUGUUCUUGGUUAUUGGCUUGGCAUCUGGUUCUAUUCUUUCUUGGUUUUGGGUUGUUUGAAAAUUCAACUUGUAUCAUUGUAUCUGUAAAUCACGAAACACUUUUCCUUCCUUCGUUGUUAUCAAAUUGGAACCAAAAGCUCAUAUUCAUUUGAUAAAAUCAUCUUCAAAUACUAUACGUACAGUCAAUUUGGAAACUGUUAUUUAUAGAAAGAUUGUCAAAAUUAUCAAAGUGUUUUUUUUCCUUUUCUUUUGGUAUAUAUAAAUCGAUCAUUAUUCAUGUUUACU